AUGGGAUUUGGUAGAGACAAAGUUACGGGGAGCUUUAAAGUAAUCAAAAUGUGCAUUUGCCCUAUGGAGGGAGGAUGCGAUGUUCUUGAUGUUGAAAGUGGUGAAUGGACGAACCUGAGGCUUUAUCCUUAUGUGGUCGGAGUGUCAAGAAAAUCCGUGUGUGUGUCUGGUUCCAUCUAUUGGUUGUCCUGUGCAUCGUAUAAAAUUGGAGGGGGUUCCAAAAUCCUAGCCUUGGAUCUUCACACACAAGAGUCCCAUUUCGUCUCUGUUCCGGAUAAGUGGGUCUCACGAUAUACACAUAUGGCCAACCUUGAGGACCGUCUGACCAUAGCCACUACGCGUGCUGCUACCACACUAGAGAUAUGUAGCAUGGAUGCAAACCAAGAAAUAUGGAGCAAGACUUACUCCAUAGCUCUAGCUGCUCUAGAUGAUUUAAACCUAGGACACUCAAGGUGCUUAAUGUCGUUCACGCCUCUGGCUGUUUCCAAGCAGGGGAAUCUUCUCUUCUAUAACAAUGACCAGUGGUUGUUCAUAUAUUACCCAGAGACACAUGAGAUUCGUUGUCUCUCCUCCGAUACAUCUGUUGUAUCUUCUUACGUCGAGAAUUUGGUCCCUCUUCGGUCUGAGUUUGGACAUCAGCCGCCUGAUCCAGAUUCUAAUAAAAUCAGCACGUCUAGCUGCAGUUUUCUUACCAAGCAUCCGGACCCAAGAACUUCUGUUUACCACUCUAACUAUAGUUUAAAGUUGUCUAACAUUUGCUUAUGGUAG